AUAUUAUUAAACUAUAACAACAAAUUAAAAGAUGAGUUUAAACAACGAUGAUAUAGUAAUCAGUGGUAUGAGUGGUCGGUUCCCAUUAUCUGAUAAUAUCGAUGAAUUUGCUGACAAUCUAUACAAUGGCAUAGAUAUGGUUACCGAUGCUAAUGACGGUGAUAGUCGAUGGCCUAAAGAUUUAUACGGAAUUAAUUCAAGACAAGGAAAGGUUAGAGACUUUGACCGCUUCGAUGUGUUUUUCUUCGGUAUUAUGCAACAAAUGGCCGACGAAAUUGAUCCGCAAUCGCGUAAACUAUUGGAGACCACAUACGAGGCCAUUGUGGACGCCGGUAUAAAUCCGAGUUCAUUGCGCGGUACGAGAACCGGUGUCUAUGUCGGUGUGUCGACCUAUGCUAUGACCGAUAGCUAUCCCGAAGAGGUACAGCCGGAUAUUCGGAUGAGUAAACAGUCGGUAAUGUUGCAGACAAUGGGCAAUAUGAAGGCUCUGUACGCCAACCGGAUAUCCUAUGUGUUUGACUUUAAGGGACCGUCGCUUAUCACUGAUACGGCCUGUUCGGCCAGUUUUGUGGCCUUUAAUUUGGCCAUAAAUGACUUGAAAUUAGGCAAUAUUGAUUACGCUGUAGUCGGAGGAACUCAUAUGACAUUUGAGCCGUUUCUCGUCCAAAAUUUACAAGAAAUGAAUGUUUGUUCACCGCGUGGCCUGUCGUCGGUGUUAGACCAGGAGGCAGAUGGCUUUGUCAAGGGUGACGCCAUUGCCUGUCUAUUCCUCCAGAGACGACCCUCGGCUCGCCGUAUCUAUGCCUCAGUGUUGGCCAGUCGUGUCAAUGUUGACGGCAAAAAAACCAAAGGCAUGUUCUUUCCAUCGACAGAAGCACAAGAAGAACUGAUGAUUAUGACCUACAAAGAGGCUAAUGUGGAUCCAUUGAAAGUCAACUAUUUUGAAGCCCAUUGCACGGGAACCAGAGUUGGCGAUCUGCAAGAGGUUAAGGCCAUCUACAAUGCCUACUGUUCCGCACCUAAUCGUGAGGACUACUUACCGCUUGGUGUACUCAAAAGUAAUACGGGCCAUACGGAAGCGGCAUCGGGUGUAUCGGCAAUAAUUAAGACAUGUACUGUAUUUGAAAGAGAGUGUAUUCCACCUAACAUUAAUUUGAAACAAAUUAAAAAUGAAAUCAAACACUACUGUCCACCACUAUAUCCCAAUACAAAACCAUUGGCCUAUAAGCCAGCCAUUGCCGGCAUAAAUAACUUUGGUAUUGGAGGUGUCAACGGACACGUACUCAUUGAAUGUAAUUAUAAGUUGGCCGACGAUAAUGGCCUGGAAAUAGCCGAAUCCAUACCGCGUAUUGUAAACAUCUGCGGCCGCACUGAAGCCGCCAUUCAACACGUGUUUGACUUUAUCGAGAAAAAUCCUCACAAAAUCACGCGCGACUUUUUAGCCCUUUUGACUGAUACUAUGAAAGUCAGUCCAAGUGUUAACUCAACCGGCUUUCCCUACAGAGGUUUGUUUAACUAA